UGGUUAAUUUUAUAAAAAAAAAAAAUUAAUUUUGUUAAAAACAUAAUAUAUUUAUGUAUUAUAAGUAAUUGUAUAUUUAUAUAAAUAUAAUAAUUUUAAAUAAGAAUUUAAAAAAAAAAAUACCAGAAGAAUAGCUGCUUAAAAAAUAAACUAUCAUUAUCAUAUAAGCCAAUUGGUAUGCCUAUGCCCACACAAACUUACAUACAUAAUAUUGAUCUCCAACUUAUUUAGAAGAGAGAAAAAUUUAUGAGGCGUUAAUUAUUUUUAUUAUAGAGCAUAAAGCAUCUUUUAUUUAGAGCAUCUCUUUAACAUCCAGCUGCUGUAUUUAAAAAUCAAGUAAAGGAUAAUUAACAAUAUAGAAAAUAAAAUGGAAAACAAUAAUUGCAAACAGAUUACAAAUAACUAUUCCAUAUUCAAUUCAGAUAACAUUAAUUAUGAGAUAAAAGGGCAAAAAAUGUCUUCAAUUUUAUCUUCAUCAUCAACUACACCAUUAAGUCAUCGUUUUUAUCAAUUAUUUAAAUCGGAAAAAUAUUGGGAUUGUUCAUUUUGUAUUGAUGAUCACAUCAUUAAAGCUCACAAAUUAAUUUUAGCCACAUCUAGCCCAGUAUUUGAAGCAAUGCUGUAUGGUCCAUUAAAUUUUAAUGACAAUAAUAAUUCAACUGGAAUUAAAACUAUACGAAUUUCUGAUAUAUCACCUGAAAUGUUUUAUAAAUUAUUAAUGUUUAUUUAUACUAGUGAAUUAAAUUUCAUUGAAGAAAAUAUAGAAGAUCUUAUUGAACUUUAUUAUUGCAGUGAAAAAUAUUUAAUAAAAGAUUUACAAAAUGAAGCAUUAUUAGCAAUCAAAAGAAAAUUACGUUUCGAUAAUAUAUUACAAACAUUAGACUUAGCGAUUUAUACAAAUUUCGAGAAAAUAAUUAAAAUUUGUUUAGAAUUUUUUCAACAAUAUUGUUUAUCAUCGGAAAAUGGUGCUAGAAAAUUUAUGUUAACAAUUAAAUCAUCAUAUUAUCACUUGUCAAAGGAUGGUGUUAUGGAAAUUUUGAAUUUAUUAAAAGAUAAGAAAUGUAAAAUAUAUGUAUAUUGGUUUAUAAAAGAAUGGUUACGUAAUGAUUUUGAUCAAAAACAACAAUUGCAAACUACAGAAUUCGAAAACAUAUCUAAAGAUGAUCAAAUAAAAAAUAAUCAAUUAAUUUUUGAUAAUGUUAGUAGCAAUAUAAAUGCAAUUAUUGAAAAUGAAUAUUUUGAUUCGAAUUCAACAAAUAGCAAUUUAGGGAUUGAAAUCGAAAUCGGACGAAUCGCAUUUAUUGAAAGAACAUAUUAUAAAGCUUGUCAGCCUUUUUUAGUUAAUGAAACAAACAAUCAAUUUGAGGUUGCCAUAAAAUCAGAUCAAUUUAUAUCAUUAAUUGGUUUAAUAAUACAUAGUCGACUUAAACCCAAUCCAUCUAUUAAUUCCAAUAAUAGAAAUAAUUAUGUGCCAGCUUCUAUUAAUUAUAAUAAUAAUAAUGAAUAUAAGGAAUCGUUUAAAAUUGAAAUUUAUUCUAUAAUAUAUAAUAGUAAUGGAGAAAAAGAACUGGUCAUGGAACAUAGUCAAAUUUCUAAUAAUAAAAUAUUUACAUAUAACUGUGAUAUUAAUAUUUUAUUAAAUAACAAAAUUGUUUUAAUACCAGAUGAAAAAUAUAUUAUAAAAUUUUUAUGGGAUGGUAGAGAAAAUAAAGGAGCAGAAUAUCCAUGCAGUUUAUUAUCAGAUAAAAGUGGUGGAAUUUCAUUUGAAGAUCGUACAACGUACAACAAUGGAAGCAUUUUAAAAGGGUUAAAAUUUUUAACUAAAGAUAAAAGAGAUUAAAAUUUAGUUACAAUAUAAUGUAGAAUUAAGAUAACACGUUUUCAUAACAUAGAAGUAUGUUCAAAAAACAUGCAAUAAUAUAAAUUCAUAUUUAGAUAUGCAUAUUUACAUUUUUAGAUUAAGUAAAUAAUUAAUAAAGGUAGAUUUUAAAGUUUA